AACGCUACCCAGUGGGUGUCGUUUGUUGAAAUUCAAAGUUGAAAGUUGAAAGUUGAAAGUUGAAAGUUGAUACUCUCUCUCAUUCUCUGCAGAAAUUCACAGGCAUGGGUCAAGCUUUUCGGAAGCUCUUCGAUACCUUCUUCGGCACCUCUGAGAUGCGGGUUGUGAUGCUUGGUCUUGAUGCUGCUGGAAAGACAACUAUACUGUACAAACUCCACAUUGGAGAAGUUUUAUCAACUGUUCCUACUAUUGGCUUCAAUGUGGAGAAAGUUCAGUAUAAGAAUGUUAUUUUUACUGUCUGGGAUGUUGGAGGACAAGAGAAAUUAAGGCCACUCUGGAGGCACUAUUUUCAAAAUACAGAUGGUCUGAUUUAUGUUGUUGAUAGCCUGGACCGUGAGAGAAUUGGUCAAGCAAAGCAAGAAUUCCAGGCAAUCAUAAAUGAUCCGUUUAUGCUAAAUAGUGUCAUAUUGGUGUUUGCAAACAAACAGGAUCUGAGAGGGGCAAUGACGCCAAUGGAAGUAUGCCAAGGACUCGGUCUGUUUGAUCUAAAGAACAGAAAAUGGCACAUACAAGCCACUUGUGCACUUAAGGGUGAUGGCCUUUAUGAAGGCUUGGACUGGUUGUCUUCAACUCUGAAGGAGAGACAAGCUGCUUGAUACUCCUCUUCAAUUGGAACAUUAUCCUUCUAAAUGUCAAGGUAUUUUGGCCCUUGUUAUUGACGAACGUGUAGAGUUUGGCUAGAUUCAUUAAAAAAUGCUGUAGAAAAGUACUCAAUUUUUUAGGGUUGCAUUGAUUAGGUUACGUCAAAAGCUGAAGUGUAUAGAUGCUUUGAGUUGCAGAUACUAGAUAUAUGACUCUGGUACACUGUACAUAAAUUUGAGCGCGACGAAUGAAAACUACUUUGGAGACACGAAUUGUGUUGGCAUUAUGAAUUCAUUCAAUGAUUACGUGCUUGACUUACUGUA